AUGUCCCUCUCCCUUGCACACAAUCGCCCAGUCGAAGUCUUACACCUCUACUUCAACCGCAGUGGCGGCAUCAUGACUCUAUGUGAGCUCGCCACAACCGAGAAGACCGAGGUGGCCGCAUUCCUCGUCCACGACCGCCGAGUUGUCCUGCGCGCCCUGGCGAACGAACGAUUCUGGCCCGUAAUCCGCACCAUCUACCUGCGCCAGUUAAAUUCCUACCCUGCUCCGGGCAGCUAACUCCUCGCUUCCGCACCAUCGCUGACUACCCAUCGGACUUACCUUCGUAGGCCCUGCCCGUCGUCUGGGACCGUUUGGUUCGACAGUUCAUGCGAGUUGUCGAGGGCCCUUCCGGCCUUAGCGAGACCCAGGCCCGAGACUGGCAAGACGAGACGCUGCAACUAUACGACGAAAUCGCCGACGCCUUGGCGGACACAGCGCACGUCGCCGCCCAGGGACAGAGGGCCAUGACUCACCUAUUCGAGUCACUAACCUCGCCCCCACACCAGUUCCUUGAGCGGGCCCAGCGCCACCUAUUCCAACCGGCCUCCCCGACCGAGUCCGACCACAUCCGCGAGGAUAGUAAAAGCCAUGGAAUGUUGUGGAAGGUUAUGGAAGGUUAUGGAAGGUUUUCUACAAGCGAGAGAUCACGAUGCCGAUGUCCGGAUUGCCAGAUGGAAGGUUGA